AUGCAGGCGUCGCCUCACUCAAGCCCCAAGAGGCAGACACCGUCAAAACUGAAACUCAGGGACAGCCUAAGCCCCGUGAAGAUGUCGUCUACGUCAGCUUCUGCCCGCUCGUCGCCUGGUAUGCAUACCAGCGGCUACGCAGACCCCAUAAAGAGAGACGAGCCGAGGCUGAGUUCUUGCGCAAGUCCACCCAAAAGGACGCCGCCGAAGCUCAAGCUGAGGAGGAGCAUACAGAUGGCUGACCUUGCCAGCCUGGGCCGCUCUCCGUCGCCGAAGAGCCCGGCCAAACCAAGCCCUGCUGCGACCACUGGAACCGAGCCAGGCAACCCGCCGUCUCCUAGCACACGGCAGACACGCAAAGACUGA